UAGUGGUGUGCAAUGUUUGUUUUAUAAGAAAUAGUAUUUUUCAUUAAAAUAAUUUUAGUGCCAAUAGUUUGUCCAGCCUUAGGACUUUUGUUCUCUUUCAGUAAACAGCAAAUUGUAUUUUGUGAGUUUUUGAAGACCUGUAAACAAGUAGAAUGCAUAUCAUACAGUGGUGGAGGGGCUAAUUCUUGGGAUUUUAUUGAACUCUCAAUUUACUCCCAGGCAAAUUUUCUUAGAUUUGCUAUACCCUAUGGAGACACUAUUUACAUACACAUAUUUUUUAAUCCAGAUACACAAAAUAUUUAUUUAUCAAUAUCAAUAAAUAAUGUAAAAAAAAUUAGGAGCCCAUCCAGGAAAGUUAGUUCCUACUUGUAUUGCUUCUGUAAGUUAGCAUCUAAUUAAAUCAACAAAUAGUAAACACACCUCUAAUUUAUGCAAAAUCCCUGGGUUUGAAUCAAAUAUUCAGUAGAAGCAAGGCAGAGUUGCUAACUAUGUGCAAAGGAAAUUAUUAAUGCAGAGAACUUUACAUAUUAGCUGAAAGCAAUUCCUUUCACAACUUAUUAACAGAGAAUAAUCUAACAAAGGGAAGGGUGAACAUUGUACAUCCCAUACCUUUCCCACCUCUGUAGUCAAACAACAAAAUAAAGUUCAUGGCAGUAGGAUUUUUAGCAUUACUUAAGUUUUGAAGAGCUAGAACACAGCAGAAAAGUGCUUUAUUUCCUGUAUUUCAGGUAGGCACAUUGUAUAAUCCUCUUCAUCAGCUAAUGAGGAUUAAUUUUAAAUGGCUAAAAUUUUUGUUCCCAAUACUGUGUUUGAAAGACUUUUCUAAUCUUGCCAGUUCUGUUAGUUAGGAGACUUUCCCUUAUAUUUUGUGUAGAUCUGUUUUCAGUUUGCUAUUUAGUUUUGUUCAACUUUGGUGAAGUAGUUAACAGAGAUUUCCAGAACUACUGUGUAUUUUUCUGCCUAAUGCUUUGUAACAGCUAGGAGAGUCCAGACUUACAGUAUUUGUCAUGUUUUACUAAGAAUCAGCAAAUAGCUGCUAAUUGUUAAAUUAUUGUCUUUGUCACAUGUUGCAAGCCCUAAAAAGUAAAACAGAUUCUAAUAGUCUGAAGCUAAUAGCAUUUUUGUAGUUACAUGUUUGCAAAUGCUUUGGAGUAUGUAAAUAUAUAUGUCUCGAAGCUGGUUGGGAGGUUACAAAGAGAGGGUCAACAGUUCCUUCCGUUUCAAAGCAAGAAUUUUAUAAGUUUCAUUUAAGAGAUCACUUGGUUGCUUAUCUGCCCAAGUUGCUUCAUGUGAGAAAGGUAUAAAAGUGAAAGGUGUUGAUGUUAGAACUACUAAUAAGAACAAGGAAUCUAGUCAUUUUGAGAGUGUCAUUAGAGUGCUUGAAGAAAUGCCAUUCUAUCCACCAGAUUUACAUGAUUUGACACUACAUUAAUAAUUAUAAUGGAAGACCUGAUUGUUUUUAAUAUUACUUCUGCAUUAAUUAAUAUAGCAUGAUGCAAUAGUUUACUUUGACAGUCCUAGGAUUUUUCAUGUGAUCUGUUACAAAAAUAGAACUCCUUCCCUGUGCAUUUAAGUCCAUCAUGUCUAGUAGAAUGUUUUUAAUAGAACAUUUGCACAUGUACGAAUAUGCUGGGAAAAAAACCUCAGAGACAAAUUUUCAGGCUUUGUAGUCUGGUUAGCUAGUCUCUGCUCUCAGGCCUGUAAGGAGUUUGACUAAUUUUCCAAAGUUGAAUCUUACUAAUAUGUUCUGUAGGUUUGCAGGAUUAGGUCAUGCGUCCAUUUCCACACCAAUAUCAUUCAGUGACCUGAACAUCUGGAGUGGUCUGUUUUUAUUGUUCUCAUAGAACUAUAAAAAGCACUCUAAGAUGUGUUUUUCAGAAUUGUCGUCUUUAAGAUUAUUGCUUUUAGUGGCUUGAUUUUCCAUAAAGACUAUUUAGACAGACUCUAAUAAAAAGAAAAUCCCAAUAAAAUAUGCCUUCUUUAUCAUGUAAGUAUUUUGAGAAUUACAGUCUUAAAUAGAACUUUACAAGUGGAGAAUUAGAGAGGUCUUAAGCAGAAAGAAGUUUACUUAUUGAAAAUAACGUCAUGACAACUAAGUGAUAACAGGGAAGCUAGAGCUGCCAGGUUUCUUCUCUUUUUCACAGGCUGGAGUGAUGGCUUCCUUCCUUCUUAAUUCUUUUUGUUAAGAUGAGAACAUUCUGUCUAAAACAAGCUGUGCAUGAAGUUCUAGUGGUAUCUCAUGCAGUAUAUAAAUACAUUAAAUGUGGUGUUAAGAGAUAACCAAUCUGAAUAGCAGGCAGAUCUUUGCACAGCUGUGGGUUUUUUCCUUACCACAUCACCCACUAAUUAUACUUGUUACCUGAAAACACUAGAAAGUAAGCAGCUGGACCUUACAUCUUACUGUAUUUUAAAAUUUGUAUCUUAAAUUGGGCAUCUUCAGUUGGACAUCUUUUAGCUAGAGUGGUGCUUCUUGGAUGUCAUAACAUGAAUAAAAUAGUUACUCCUAGACCAUUACUUGACUUACCACAUAACAUGUGGAUUGGGGUAUUUUUUACUGUCAUGGUGUUCAUCAGCAAACUAUAGAUUCUAGUUUGUGGAUUAAAAUAGUGCUUAGUCCUACACAAAAAUACUAAUUUUAACAAUACUUAUUAAUAGAAUCGUAGAUUUUUGUGUAGCAGAUGAAGACAAGUAAUGUUGCAGGAGAAAUAAGGCUGGAAAAAAUGAGAUCAAUUUUCUGAUUCUUGUUUCAUUCUUCAAGUUUGUCGGUAGGAAAGACAAAAGAUGGUGAGCAAGGCAGGUGAUUUUUGUAUCCCAUCUGAACAUCCCAGCUUGAUGUACAGCUGCACAGACUUUAAAGAGCACAGUGAGAAACAAAGUAUAAGCCUCUAAGUGUGCUAUCCAAAACAGUACUAUUAGAAGAAAAUAUCCUAAUUGUAACUUAUAUUUUAGCAAAUAGUGCUGCUCAGGUCUCACAGAAUCUCACACAUCAUACAGACUUGUGAAGGUAAAUAGGCUAUAUUAGGCUAUAUUUGUAGGUAUGGAAGACUGGGGUCAUUUUUCAGUUAAUUGUCAAGGAUCUUAGAGGCUCCUGGUUUUUCUCCCUGGAGGUGGCUUGCCCUGGAUGAAGAUCCCAAAGCUGCCCAUAGUAGGUGUAGUAAGUGCUCAGAGCAACAGGGUCUGUUUAACACUCUUAGCUGCGAAAGCAGGCCACACAGAGAAAGUUGGAAAGUAAUUUUGAGCGGGGAGUUUAGGGAGACAGGAGUUCCUUUCUGGAGCUGGAGUGUGUGAGAAUAAUGUCUGUUUAAGGAAGGCAAAGAGGAAGUGGGAUGUGGCGAGAGAGCAAGGGGAUGUGGGGAGCUCAUAGCACUGCUGGUGAAGAGCAGAAGAGGAGCUACAGCAAAGAGCUGCCUUGUAUCAAUGAAUCAAAGCCUCCAACAGCCUGUGCACUGACUAGAGCUGAGCUGCUUUGUGUGGGCUGCCUAUCCCAGUUUAUUCCUGCUUCCCAGGCUUGUAUGUAACAUUGUAAAUAACAGCUCAGACUGAAAUACUGCAGCCUGAAGAAGCACUUUUUAUUACUCAGAGCAUCGUAUGCAAGAAUGAGUGAGGUAAUAAGGCUGCCUUACAUGUAACUGCUCACUUGUUGGGAAUGAGGUGAAAGUCUUGGUAGCAUCACCAAGGUGCAUAAACUUUGCUUUUGGCUACAAAAAGUAUUCACAAGAGCGGUGGCAUAAUAGCUAGAGCAGGGCAAUGUGAAGGCUGAUCCAGUUCCUCCUGGAAUUUGAUCCCUCCUCAAAGAUACAAUGCCUGUUGAUACAGGCAUUAGCCUAAGACCACAGUCCUGUCAGUAGUGUCCUGGGGACAUAAACAAAUGUGUAGGAAUGCUAUCAGUUGUCAGAACUUAUCUGCAUCAUGUCAAAGUCUUGGCUGGACUGCCAGCAGCGCCGAGCGGGGUUUGAAGCAGGCAAAAGGCUGCGAGUGCCAGGGACAGCGGACGCGGUGCCCACGGCGGCCGGGGGCCGUGUGCAUCUGUGUCCUACCCAGCAGAGGGCUCCCCUUCUAAGCUAAUAAAAGCCAGGCUUUAUCCCCGACCUAACGGAAACCACAGUGCUUGGCUAACCACCAUACUUCGGAAUGCUGUAUCCUUGGUUUAAGGUUUCACACAAGCCAGUGCUUUACGUUUCUCAAUAACUAAUUGCAAGAAUUUUAUAAAAGUGAAACAAUACGUGCACCAUUAUUCGCAUUUUUACAGAUUGUUUUGUCCAUGUGCAGGUAUGUAUGUGCAAAAUGUGGGAGCCUGUCAAAACUGCUAAGUUCUUUUCCUCCUUCAGACAUAAUAUUUUAGGAAAAAAAUAUGCUGUGUUAAUAGAAGAACACUGUAAAUAUGACUGCAAGGAAUAGUAGGCUGCAAGUGAAAUGGACACCACUCAAGAUUUUGAAAUUUAGAUAAAAAGAAAAGACUUGGCAAUAUAUCAAGGAAAAUACAGGUGUGUGCAUGCCAGUAUCUCUUUUUGACAAGAUACUUGUAUCUCUCCUGCAGGAUAAUGAGGAACUCAUUAUCUCUGUGUGGGUAUCUGUGCUUUUUUAAUUGAUAAUGUGAACCAAGUUUGCAUUGUCUUUUCUCUUCUGACUGUAUACAUCUGUAUUAUGGUCCUAAAAACCAAGAAAUGUUCUCAAAUCCUUCUAUAAUUUUAGCAGUAAAGUAUAUAAAGUACUAUCUGAAGCUAAAUUAGUUCAGAAACACUGGUUUCCAUCUCCACUUGAAGUAGGCUGUACCUUUAUGACUCUGCAGAUUUAAAUUAUAUUUAGAACUGACAAUUGUUCGAGUAGGCAGAGACUAAAACUAGGGAAGCAAAGGAUUGUUAUAGAUGAAGCCAAUCAAUCAAGUGCAAAACAUCAAAAUGUACUGCAGAUAUUUGGGAUUUCAUUAUUAGGUACAAGUGGUGUUUCAUAGUGUAAGAGGAUUUUGGUAUGUGAAGUAUGAAGAAGGCAAAAAUUUUUUUAUACUAUUUGACUGCCUUGAUGAGCAACUAGCAAUCUCAAAGAAAUUCUCAGUGUUUUUAUUAGAAAUUCUCACUGUUUGCAAGAAGUGAGAGGGAAAUAUUAGUCCCCUCCUCCCCUUUUGUUAUUUCCUUUUGGAAGUUUAACUGGCAAAGAAGAUAACCUCUGUGGGCUCUUCAGUUGCUGCUCUGUUCUUUUAGCAAUUUUGAUCUCCAACAAACACUAAUGCAAGGAAAACAGGUUUAACCUUAGCUCCUCCCUUUUUGUACAGUCCAUUUUCCCACCUGCCUGCCCAAGAAAUGAACAAUCCUGAUGUACUGGAAACCACCAUGGAUACAGACAGAUUUUUUUUUUUAUAUAUAUCUUUUUAGUAUAUAGGAAAUUGAUAAACAUUCUCACAGCCUCAGACUAAGGGUCUUGAAGCAGCAUCUAUAUUUGUGAUCCAGCAUGAGCAUGUACAAGGUAAUGCUGUGCUUGCCGGCAGGCUAUUUUGCUUGCACAAGGCUGCUUCUACAGCUCUUUUCAAGGAAAAUUUUUAUUCUGUUUUUUUUCUGCAGUUAGCCACUUCCUGUAUUUGGCUGUUCAUGGUGCUUUUCUCAUCUUCAAUGCUGCAUGCAGCAGCCAGUGAUAGGGACUAUUUUAAAGCUUCUUACAAUGGUCUUCUCAUUUACUUAGCUAAAAUGAGAAAGUUAGCUUUGCAUUGGCCACUUGUUAGUUGAUGACAACUUUUACUUUGAAUCUGGCUCCCAUCCCCCAGCUGAAAUUCCUGGCUCAGCAAAUAUUUGAACCUACCCAAGUUAAUCAUGAAACUGAGAUCUUUAUCUGAGAGGGACGUGCAAGCUACUGAGGGUGGUGGUUUCUUUUUUUUCUUCCACAGUACUGAAGUCAGGUUCACUUUUUAAUGAUGAACCAGAGUAAGUGGAUACCUUCUGCACAGCACAGAGGUUUAAGCUGUUGAGAGAGAAGGCUUGGAUUUUCUCACUGCAAGUUACAAGUCUUUUAGGGGGUUUUAUGGAACAUUAGUUGGAAAGCACAGCAAUUGCUUUUCCUUCAUUGCUUCAGAGAAGCUUCCUAGUAAAUGGAGAUAUUAGGGUUUAUUUUUAAAGAAGAUUUUUAUAAGAGGAAACCAAUAUUGGAUUGUAUUUUCGACUGUUUUACAAGAGAAAUUAUUUGCGAUGCAUAAUUUACAAACACUGCCUCCUAAGCCACCGAAACCUAAUACCGUAACUAACAAUAGCAUGAAUAACAACAUGUCAUUACAAGAUGCUGAAUGGUACUGGGGGGAUAUCUCAAGAGAAGAAGUAAAUGAGAAGCUUCGAGACACAGCUGAUGGUACCUUUUUGGUACGAGAUGCUUCAACCAAAAUGCAUGGGGACUACACACUGACACUGAGGAAAGGAGGAAAUAACAAAUUAAUCAAAAUUUUUCACCGAGAUGGAAAAUAUGGCUUUUCUGACCCAUUAACAUUCAACUCUGUCGUCGAGCUAAUAAACCACUACCGGAAUGAAUCUCUAGCCCAGUAUAAUCCUAAACUGGAUGUAAAAUUACUCUAUCCAGUAUCUAAGUACCAGCAGGAUCAAGUUGUAAAAGAGGAUAGCAUUGAAGCAGUAGGAAAGAAAUUACAUGAAUAUAAUACCCAGUUCCAAGAAAAAAGCAGAGAAUAUGACAGACUCUAUGAAGACUAUACAAGAACAUCUCAGGAAAUUCAAAUGAAAAGAACAGCCAUUGAGGCAUUUAAUGAAACAAUAAAAAUAUUUGAAGAGCAGUGCCAAACACAGGAAAGAUACAGUAAGGAAUACAUUGAAAAAUUUAAACGGGAAGGAAAUGAAAAAGAAAUACAAAGAAUCAUGCACAACUAUGAAAAACUGAAGUCUCGGAUAAGUGAAAUUGUGGACAGCAGGCGUAGAUUAGAAGAAGACUUGAAAAAGCAAGCAGCUGAAUAUAGAGAGAUAGACAAGCGUAUGAACAGCAUUAAGCCAGACCUCAUACAGCUGAGGAAGACAAGAGAUCAGUACUUGAUGUGGCUGACUCAAAAAGGCGUUCGGCAAAAGAAGCUAAAUGAAUGGCUUGGAAAUGAAAAUGCAGAAGACCAAUACUCUAUGGUAGAAGAUGAUGAGGACUUGCCCCAUCAUGAUGAGAGAACGUGGAAUGUGGGAAAUAUCAAUAGAAGCCAAGCUGAAAAUCUGCUGCGGGGAAAACGAGAUGGAACAUUCCUUGUUCGAGAGAGCAGCAAACAAGGCUGCUAUGCCUGCUCUGUUGUGGUGGAUGGUGAAGUAAAGCACUGUGUGAUAAACAAAACACCUACUGGGUAUGGAUUUGCAGAGCCAUAUAACUUGUACAACUCGCUCAAAGAACUGGUGCUACAUUACCAACACACGUCACUUGUGCAGCACAAUGACUCUCUCAAUGUCACGCUAGCCUACCCAGUAUAUGCCCAGCAGAGGCGAUGAAGAUCCUGAUACUCUGGGUUGUUUGUUGGUUUUUUUAAAGAAAUUAUUUGGCAACAUUGAGGCCUCUGGAGAGAAAAGGCUCCUUUCAGCUUUACUCAAGAAUUUUCAGUAUCAAAGCUAUUUGUCUUCAGAUGGAACUAAAGAUUUCCUUCACAAUUGCAGUGGGAGAGAUCACGGUGUUAUGCUGUGAAUGUAUGUUUGUGAUCUGAAGUGCUUUUUUUUUUUUUGUAAUUAUAAAAGAAAAACACAAGAGAAAAAUCCAAACCUGAUCUCCCUGCAGGGACAUAGAGGCCUUUAAGCAUGGUGCUUGUUUACGACCACUUCUGAAGCUUUACCAGCUAGAACAUUGGAUUAUCCAGACACAAGGUAUAAGAGGUCUGUGUCAUUCAGUUAUUGGAAUUUCGUGGUCAUAACCUGACUUGGAAUGGUGUUGCUGCACUCAGUGGAUCCAGACAUACAGCAUUGUGGUUCUAUUUUGGUUUCUGGUGAAUGAUAUGUAGCAGAGUGGCACUUUCAUUUCUAAGGGACACUUUAAAAGGAUUUCAGUUACAGUAUGUUGUUCAGAGUAAUUGUAAUAGCAAAGUGCCAGGAAGUGUUUUGUUUAGAUGAUUAAAAAUCCUGUUUUAAGAAUAUAUUUAAGACUGAAGAAAACAGGAUUUUCAAUGGCAUACAGUGUAUAAUAAUGUACAUAGUACUGGAUGACUAACUGUCAUUGAUGGAAACUGUCAAUACCAAACUGCUUCUUUUUUUCCCUUUCUGUUCGCUGAAAGCUGAAUUUUUAGACUAUGCUAUGCAAUACUGAAUUUUCUUUAGGCUGUAGUCUUCUCUCAAGCAUAUCUACAGAUUAAGCUUGUUUUUCUUGUCUUCUUUUUUUUUUUAAUUUCUUUUCCCUAAGCAUAUUCUUCCUGGCGAUUACUUUUGUUAAUAAUUUUCUUGUUUGUUUUGUUUUGUUUUUUGCUUUGUUUUAUUUUGUUUUAAUGUACAGGCAGCCAGCAAGAGUUGGCUUGAAAAUUUAAACUAUGAAAUAUUUUACAAUUUUCAUUGUAUAGAAUAUUGAGCUACUAGCUCAAAGUUUAAAAAGUUCAUAAUUUUUUUGACUAAAUACUUUGUUGGGCAGUGCCUGAUAAGCUUCAAAGCUGCUUAGUUCUAUAAAAUUAUAUGAAUAUUACAAAAUAUCACUGAGUCCAACAAUACUGUUUCAGAGAUAUCUUUAGAAUACGGUACCAUGCUACAUUUGCUUCUUGAAGCAUUUUGGACUUCUAUCAUGAUUGUCUUUGUAUAUGGAAGACAAGGAAAAUAGUGUAUCCUUCUUUGAUAGUGACUGCAGAAAUAAAUGGGGAUAUUUUGCUACUGCAGUGUAGAGUGUAGAUAGUUUGGAUCUCAGAAUGAAUCCACCUUCACAGUAAAUAAAUGACUUCUUGACCUCCUGUGACAGAAUUUUUGUCAGCCUGUAAAGGUAUUUUCAUUUCACAUGAAGGAAGUUUCUCCAAUCUGUUGCCUAGGUUUGUUUUUUGUACUAGUAUUGUGGGGAAAAAAAACCUUCCACCUCUACAGAGAACAUUUGGAUACAAUAUAGAACUAGUUAAGACUGGAAAAUAUAUUUUUUAAAAAUGAUUAGGCUAUGAUAUGUAUUUUCAAAAGUCUGUAGGCUGAGGCAGUAUCAAAGUGAACACUUCCAUAAUUUUAGGGCACCAGAGACUUACAAAAUCAUGGUUCAGUUAAGGGAAACAAAUACAUAAAUCUCACUAAAACAGAGUUACCCGUAAUCCUGAGAUAGUUCACUGUCAAUGGUUUGCAAUGGUUAUUUAUUGUCCUGACCACUGAGGAAAUUCACACGUUGCAAAUCAAUAAAGUAAGGACGUUCAGAGAAAUCUUGGAGAAGAUUUGACUAAGUGAACAUAUGAAAUUAUUCUUCCCCCAAGAUGCAAAAGAUAAGAUUUAUUACUAUUAAAGAGAGUUGCACACACAAUCAAAAGAAUGAGACCCAUGGAGUUCUCUCAUAAUAGCUCUGGUUAGAGAUCCUUGUGUUUUAUUUCAAAGUACGCAAUGCUUUAUAAGCUAUUGGAAAUAAUAAUAAAUUUGCCAGUUUCCACUAAUCUUUAUAUUAUCUUUUCAUUUUUACAUUGUUACUUCAGUUCUGAGGCUCUAAGAUUUUUGCUUUUACUUUGACUUUGUGGUCUAUUUUUUUUUUGGUGGGUUAUCUUAGCUUUCCUAUUGGUGUAUUUUCUUAUUUAUAUCAGGUAACAAGAUCCAACAAAUAUCGUUUCACAAUAGUCAUCACUUAGAAAAUUAUUCUGAAUCUUUUUCCUGAAUAGAAGUUUAGUCUUCAUGCCUUCCCUUCUCAUUCCACACUUUUUUCAGGUCUGUAGGAACAUGUGAAUCUGUUAUACUAAUAACUGGUUUAUACUACAAAAAACACCAACAAUUACUCUAGCAUGCCAGUUAUACUACUGGGCUUGAAGUUACAGAUUAGUUCAAUAUACAGCAGUUUAACGCUUAUAGCAAUCCAAGAUAUUCUUCGGACAUAUAUUAAUUUCUGAAUGUUAAAUAUUUUAAGAGUAAAAUUGUAUUUUUUCUCUGUAGGCAAAAUAUAUGUAAUCUGAAUUGAUGUUUCACGUAGCAUUUGUCAAGAAAUUUUAUCAUAGUUUAAGCAUUUGGAUCUAAUUUUCCUCAUAUUAAGAAAACCCCUGCUAUGUCAGUGGGCCAUAUCCUUAGCAUGCCCAGCCCAGUAUGGAAUAUAAUUCAUUCCUGUGUGCUGUGCAACUUCUCUUUGUGUGUGGCUGUAGCAGAAAAAAAAUAGUGUGUGUGCAGAUUUGACACUUGCUUUUCUUGCACAAGCAACAAUGAGAAAUAAGCCCUAUGUUGUAAUGAUGAAUGCUUAGGGCUUCUUAAGGGGAUGUUCUGCCUACACAGGGUCUGUGCAAUUUGCAGGGAUCAUUUACGCCCUCAAAUUGGCAUGAGUGGGUUUUCUUUGGUACUUACAUAUUGUGUGGCCUCUGCAUUUCUCUCCCUCCUUAAUGCACAGAGCUAAGUCCUGCCAAAGGCCCUAUUCACUGCAGAGUUGUUUGUCUUUAAUGUACCAUAUUGUUCACUCCAGUUUUGAUCUGAUCUCAGACUACUAUAUACAGAAAAAAAAAAGCAUGGGGAUAUAACUAAAGAAACACAGUGUUUUUCUGUAUUUCUAUUGAUGCAAAGUUUUUUUUCAUCAAAUAUAAUCAAUGGAUGGGCUUUACUCUGUUACUUUUUUUUUUCUUUUUUUGAUUUGCAUAACUUUUCGUUUUAUUUUGAGUCCCUGAGUUAUGCUGCACUGCAGCAUCUCUUUCACAAGGCCUUUGAAAGGCAUGAGACAUAGCAAAGAGAACCAAAACUCACAGGCAAAAUUAGGAGUUUCUGAUUUCAUUCAGCUGAAAUAUGAAUUUGCAGGUUGGGGAUGCUUAUCUGUGCAUACUCAUACACACUUGCUGUGUAUGAACAGUUCCCAAUAUAGAUGCAUUUUCACAGAACAUGAUCAUUUUGCUGAAUUUAGUAAGUGAUAUCAUUAACUUUAUUUAAAGACACACACAUGCACACUAGACUUUUGUGGGUGCAGCAUGUUUCCAGAUACAGUUAGAAAACUGAGUUUCUGUGUUGUUGGAUAGUUUCUUUAAAGAAAAAAAAAAAAAGGAAAAAAAAAAAAAGCUUGUCUGUAUGGUUCCGUUAUCUUGUCAAGCAAUCUGUAAAACCAAAUCUUCAGAUUUUCUAUUUGGUGUCAACUGUUCUGUAGUGAAAAAAUGGCUUUGUCUUGUAAUUGGCAAUGAAAUAAUAAUGCUUGGGAAAACAUUCAGAUGCUUCUUAUGGGGAAAACUGCCGAUUUUCACACAGUGCUUUUGCUAUGCAUGGUAUUAAGUUGGGAAAGUGAAUCCUGAUACUGGUUUUUUUCAGGGUCACUUUAGAAAUGGGCAGCUCAAAGCAUAAUGCCUCCCAUGGGACAAGGUUACAAAGUGCAACAUUUUAUGUAGAGUCAUGUUCUGUUUACUGCAGUUGAAACUAAACGGUAGGAGUUAGUGAGGUUACAUUGCACUUGUCCUGAUGAGAUUGCAUUAGCUGCCCAAGAUGCUGCUAUUUUUUUUAUUCUUGUUUUUUGAAAAUAAAGCUCUGUUCUGUUACAUGUCUUUAAAACAUUGAGAUUGCUUUGUUUUAAAUUUGUCUUUGAGGAGGUGGAGAGUAAAGCAGAUUGUAAAUUGCCUUUACAAGGCAACAGUGAAAACAUGCCUCCUUAAAAUUUUGUUCAAGCUGUAGAGUUGAUGGAGCUGUGUCUUGUUUUUGAGUUGCUUUAAAAAUUGUAAUAAGUCUUCAAGCAGAAUAAAGGUUGUUUUGAAACUGCA